CGUAGAGGAAACGUGUUAAAUACGUCAACACGGUGGAUUUAAUAGAAGCUUAAAGAACAAACUCUGGACGGUGUGAGGUGAGUUUGUCUCACUGCAGAAAUAACAACACACACGGAGCGUCAGCAGUCAGACGCAGCCGCUCACCAACACUCGUGUGUGUGUGUGUGUGUGUGUGUGUGUGUGUGUGUGUGUGUGUGUGUGUGUGUGUGUGUGAGCAUCAGAAGGCUGAACAAUAACCUGUAGAAUAAUUAAAGUCAUCAUGCUAGAGCAGCUUCUCUGUGGUGGACCACACCAGCUUCUGCCACAAUAAAUAAUAAUAAUAAUAAUUAUAAUAAUAAUAAAUGAUACAAAGCUGUGAACAUUUUAAUUUCCUUUCUAAACUAUUUCUGUUGAGUUUUAAUGUUUAAACCUGUUAGCUUGUUACUGACAGCAGCUACGUUUAAGCUUCACUUCCUGUUGUGACUGAAGCUGCUGCAGCAUGGAGGUGUAGACUCAGCCAUCCUGGACAUGAUCAUCCUGAGAGUUUUAGCUGAAGACAGCUGGACGUUUCUGGAUAUGUUGGAGACGUUUAGCCUCUCAUCCCAGAGGCUGCUUCCACACUUUGGUUGUGGUCAGAAACAAACACACUGGCUGUGCUGCAAGUCUUUUUCUUUUUGUCUCCAUAACAUGUUUUUGUCUACAUGAAGGUGAUGUUGUUGUUCAUAGAGUUAAAAUUCAUGUUGAAGUUAAGAUUACUUCAUCAAGUAGGACCUGUGGUUAGCUGGCUCAUGUAAAGCAUGUCAUGUCUUCAAAGAAUCGGAAUCGAAACGAGGAAUUGGAAUCAGAAUCGUUCAGACCCAAACGAUGCCCAACCCUAAUCUCUUCUCCUCCUGCCCUCAGCUUUGAGCAGCUGUGCAUUAACUUUGCCAACGAGAACCUGCAGCAGUUCUUCGUCCGCCACGUCUUCAAGCUGGAGCAGGAGGAGUACAACCUGGAAAACAUCAACUGGCAGCACAUCGAGUUCACCGAUAACCAGGACGCUCUGGACAUGAUCGCCAUCAAGCCCAUGAACAUCAUCUCACUCAUUGAUGAGGAGAGCAAGUUCCCAAAGGGAACCGACACCACCAUGCUGAACAAACUCAACUUCCAGCACAAACUCAACCCGAACUACAUCCCACCCAAGAACAACUACGAGACUCAGUUUGGGAUUCAGCACUUUGCUGGAGUUGUUUUUUAUGAAACAAGAGGCUUCCUUGAGAAAAACAGGGACACUUUAUAUGGUGACAUCAUUCAGCUGGUCCAUUCUUCUAAAAACAAGUUCAUCAAACAAAUCUUCCAGGCGGACGUUGCUAUGGGGGCUGAAACCAGGAAACGCUCCCCCACUCUGAGCAGCCAGUUUAAGAGAUCUCUGGAGCUGCUGAUGAGAACUCUGGGUGUCUGUCAGCCGUUCUUUGUUCGCUGCAUCAAACCCAAUGAGUACAAGAAGCCCAUGCUCUUUGACAGGGAGCUGUGUGUGCGUCAGCUCAGGUAUUCUGGUAUGAUGGAGACGAUUCGGAUUCGGCGUGCUGGAUAUCCCAUCCGCUAUACGUUUGUGGAGUUUGUUGACCGCUACCGGGUGCUGAUGCCUGGAGUCAAACCAGCAUACAAACAGGAGGACCUGAGAGGAACCUGUCAGAGGAUCGCUGAGGCUGUGCUCGGUAGAGAUGAUGACUGGCAGAUGGGAAAAACAAAGAUCUUCCUCAAGGACCACCAUGACAUGCUGCUGGAGAUCGAGAGAGACAAGGCCAUCACUGACAAGGUCAUCCUCAUCCAGAAGGUGGUUCGAGGAUUUAAGGACAGAUCAAACUUCCUGAAGUUGAGGAAGUCAGCCAUGUUGGUCCAGAAGACAUGGAGAGGGUACCACUGUCGGAAGAACUAUGGAGCUGUGAGUAGCGUCCAGUGCUUUAAAGUUUCACCGUUUUGGUCACAAUUGCAACUUCAACUCUUAAUGGUGCUCUUGACAACAGUGUCGGAUCACACUGGUGACUAGUCUUUUGAGAAAAAUAAAAAUCUCAGGAGCUGAAAUGUCUCCAGCCAUAUUAGAUGCUCACUUUAGGGCAGCAGCAGCU